AUGGAAUCUCUAUUUCAAUAUAAACGUAUCAGACAAUCUGUGCGCGACCAACUAGCUGAAACCAAAGAAAAAUGCAGUUGUGAAAAUUAUACACUUGGAUCACCACAUAGCUCAAGAUGUGACUUACACAAUGUCUCACCCAAAGAAAAACUCCCCACUGAUGCCCUCAUCAUUGUGGACUGGGAUAGUGACAAUGAUCCCUUGAACCCUGCAAACCAAACCGUGUCGCGGAAGAUGUGUAUGACCCUUCUGGUCACUUUAAUUGCUUUUUCUGUAACCGCCGCGUCCGCGAUUGAUGCUUGCGGUAUCCGACAAUACAGUGAAUACUUCAAUGUAUCUGAAGUAGUUGGGUCUCUUGCGACAGGUCUGUUUCUGGUCGGUUUUGGGGCCGGCUCUCUCCUUUCAGGCCCAUUCUCCGAGACGUUUGGCCGGAACACCGUCUACCUAACAACCAUGGUCCUUUUUCUGAUAUUCAUAAUGGCCGCGGCGCUCGCUCCAAAUAUCCACAGCCACCUGAUCUUCCGUUUUCUUGCGGGUUUCUUUGGCUCUACUCCACUCACCUGCGCUGGAGGUACGGUAGCGGAUUUGUGGAGCCCAUUACAAAAGACGUAUGCUUUUCCAGCCUACGCUAUUCCAUCAUUCGUGGGGCCAAUGGCUGGGCAGAUAAUAGGCAGCUAUAUUCCUAUACAUUUGGGAUGGCGUUGGCUUGAGUGGAUUAUGCUUAUUAUGGGAGGUGCGGUUCUUCUUGUUAUUCUUGUGCUCCAGCCAGAAACAUACGGACCUCUCAUUCUGUAUUGGAAAGCAAAGAUUCUCCGCGAAGAAACUGGGGACGACAGAUACAAAGCGCCAAUGGAGAUGAAAAACGAAGCUUUGGGCCGGCGACUGCUGGUCUCGGUGUAUCGGCCAUUUGCGCUGGUUUACUCCGAGUUGAUUAUCAUCCUGAUGUCCCUCUACCUUACUGUUAUCUAUAUUGUCCUCUUCACCUUUCUAGAGGGAUAUACAUACAUUUUUGGUGAUACGUAUGGGCUUUCACAGGAGAUGACUGGCAUACUCUGGGCGGGGAUGCUAUGUGGCAUUCUUCUUGUCGGGUGCCUGGUUCCGGUAGUAUACUCUUGGACUGCCAAAGAGUACAAGAAGACUUCUACUAUUGCUCCUGAAACACGAUUGUGGUAUGCAAUGUUGGGUGGUGCUCCUGCGGUGCCAAUAAGCUUGUUCUGGAUGGGUUGGACCAGCUAUCCGUCCAUUUCGAUUUGGUCUCCUAUCAUUGCCUCCGCCUUGUUUGGAUACGGAAUCACUACUAUUUUCAUCGUCACAUACAUGUAUAUCAUAGAUUCCUAUGGUGUAUACUCAGCAUCUGCAUUGGGGUUCCUUGUUUUUACCAGAUAUGUUGUGGCAGGCGGCAUGACGGUUGCUGGUGGGCCUAUUUACCGUUCUAUCGGUGUUCAUUACACCCUGACUAUCUUGGGGGGCAUCAGUACAGUUAUGGCCGCGAUUCCAUACUUGCUUUAUGUGUACGGGCCGACACUUCGCAAAUACAGCAAAUUUGCUGUCAACGUUGGUGCAGAUUAA